AUGGCGGAAAAUGAAUCCGUGGAGUGUAUAACCGAGCACGAACGCAUUUUGCAAGAAAUUGAGAGCACCGACACCGCUUGUGUCGGUCCGACACUUCGAUCUGUGUACGAUGACCAGCCUAAUGCCCACAAGAGGUUUAUGGAGAAGCUUGAGGUCAGGAUCCGUAACCAUGACAGAGAGAUUGAGAAGAUGUGUAACUUCCACCACCAGGGGUUUGUGGACGCCAUCACCGAGCUGCUCAAAGUCCGCGCCGAUGCAGAGAAACUCAUGGGCCAGGUUACCGACACCAACAGAAGACUGCAAGACGCCGGCAGAGAGGUCACAGCCCAAACGGAGGAGGUGAUUCGCUGUCGGAUACAGCAGAGGAACAUGGCUACCACUGUGGAGAGACUACAGCUGUGUUUACCUGUCCUAGAAAUGUACAGUAAAUUGAAGGAGCAGCUUGAAUCCAAAAGAUACUAUGCCGCGUUGAAGACCAUGGAGCAGCUGGAGAAGGUGUACAUCCCGCGGGUCAGCCGCUACCGCUUCUGUCAGAUCAUGGCUGACAACCUGCCCAAGCUCAGAGAGGACAUUAAGGAUAUCUCCAUGUCCGACCUCAAGGACUUCCUGGAGAGCAUCAGGAAACACUCGGACAAGAUCGGAGAGACCGCCAUGAAACAGGUAUGA